GAGAACAACCACCUGCUCCUCCUCCAUCUGACUGAACUGCCUCCCAACAGAAAGAAAUUACUGCACUUAGCUAUAUCCAAAUAUUGUCCAACUGCUAUUACGCCUAUGAACUUGGAUGAGUGUCAAGAUACAGGAUGGCCAACUCAACAUUGGAAAUAGUGGGACUUUUAUUGUCCCUGAUUGGUCUGAUUGGAGCAGCUGCAAGCACUGGAAUGCCAAUGUGGCGGGUCACAGCCUUCAUUGGGGAGAAUAUCAUCGUGUUUGAGACUCGCUACGAGGGCUUAUGGAUGAACUGCUAUCGCCAAGCCAACAUACGGAUGCAGUGUAAAGUCUACGAUUCUCUGCUGGCCCUACCCCAAGACCUGCAGGCUGCAAGAGGGUUAAUGUGCUGCUCUCUGGCUCUGGCUGCCAUUGGUCUGCUGAUCAGUUUGGUCGGGAUGCAGUGUACAGCGUGCAUCAGGAACAACGAUCGAGCCAAGAGACUGGUCCUCAUCAUUGCAGGAACCAUGAUUUUAAUGGCUUGCAUUUGCGACCUUAUUCCUGUGUCCUGGACAGGCCACGUCAUCAUUCAGGACUUCUACAACCCAUUGCUGAUCGAUGCCCAGCGCAGGGAGCUCGGAGAAGCUCUCUAUAUUGGAUGGGUGGCGGCUGCUUUCUUGUUUGCUGGAGGGUGCAUUUUUAUCUGUUGCAAUAUACAGUCUGAAGACGAAAAACCAGAGAAGUACAUGUACUUAAAAUCUCCAGGGUACAGGGCCUACACCCCACAGCCACCACCCCAGCCUCUACAGCCUCAGCAGCUUGUGUUUAUCCCUCGAUCCGAACCUCACUCAAUGCUAUCAAGACAUCCGUCAACCGUCUACAGCUACGAAUCUAGAUACCCCUCUGUGCACAGUGGAGUUGCUUAUCUGUGAACCCUUAAAAUGUUUUUUUUUUUUUUUUCUUGGCAUGGAGGUACAAGGUAAAAACACUUAUUUUAAAUUUUUAGAGGUGAAAUGUCAAUACACUUAAUGUAUUCAAUUAACUGUACUUAUAUUUUUUUAAACCCUCCACCCCCCCAAAAAAACAGUUUAAAAUAGGUUAGACGGUUGCAAGAGAUAACCACUCGUGUUUAUGUAUAUUUGUUUGUGCAAGUGAAAUUUUAUACUUGUAUUGUUAAAAUGGGGCGAAAUAUUGAAAAUCUGUAUGUUGUCAAACAGUUUUAUUGAGGAAUCAGACAUGAAGAUUGGAACAGACAAUACAAAUCCAUCCUCUUUUUAAAAAUCAGUAUGUUGUGUAUAUCUCUUAUGCAGUCUUCAACCAUUUGGUGAUGUAAUUGAAGUGUGUGUGUUCACUGAUGAAAUGUAUUUUAUUGCUGGCGUAUGAUCCAUGUAGUUUAAGUGACAGAAAUACAUUUGAAAUUUUGUUCUACGAGCCAAAACUUCACCAGAAUUACAAACCUAAAUAAGGCCUUUGUUUUCCCCAAACUUCCGGUACCAGUUUCACCCAGUGUUAUUUACAAAUUCAAACAAUGGCAGGUGUCCCAUAAUGACUUAGAAAGUACAAGUUAAAAGAGUGACUGACUAAUAGCUAUGUAAAAAAAAAUAAAAAUUCAAGUCUAUUUAAUCUGAAUAUUGACUAAAGAUAGGCAUUCUGUAAUGCUUUCCUUGGAGCUACUGAAAAGGAAGCACAAGAGAUUCUCAGAUAACACUUCUCACUAUGGGCGUGGACGCAAAGUUAACUCAAGCAAGCCAAGUAAACAAAGGGAUCAUAUGACCAGAAUAUGCAAGUCACUUUGAAUUUAGUCUAACCCUAUUAUUUUGUUUGUUAAGCUUCAAAUUUAGAAAUAUAUUUUUCUCUCUAAGGUGUGUAAAUGAUCAAGCUUAAAGGUCACAGCAUUUAAAUUUCUAGAAGAAGCACAACUUCUUUCUUCCUUCCUUAAAUACAAAGAAAUGUUAAUACUUGCAUGUGUGUUCUGCUAUUUCAAACAAAUACAAUUUCAAAUGUAAUCUUAUAUCAUUGGUCUUAAUAUGACAGAAAAUAUAUGUUUUUUCAUACUGUCAACCUCUUAUUUCAUCGCCUCAAAGCUCAACUCUGCUCUCCGGUGGACGAAGCAGAAAGCUGUCACAGUUGUUAUUUUUCCAGAAUACUGAUUUUUGUUUGAUUUAUAUGACAUUUAUCACAUUUAAAUAAAAAUUUUACAUUGUUAA